AUGGAUUUUAAAAUGGUUCCGAGAUUUUUUUAUAUCGUCACCCUAUUAACCAUCAGUGAAAUAGUUCUUGCGAAUGCAGACAUCGAUCAACUAAAGCACUCUGAAGAUUUGGAUCCGUUAAAUGAUACCGAUAAUGCGGAUAAUUCAGAAAAAGAACAAGAAAAGCGAACAAUAUUUAACCCGACGCUCAAGAACGUGGCAUGGGCCAAACACGUCGCUGUGAAUCCGGCUGGAGCCAAAGUUGUUCUCGGUUACGGUCCAGUAGAUUUUAAAUACAAACCGGUCUUAAGACCUAUAGCCAUCAAACAUCAAGGUUAUCACUACAAUAGGCCAAGAAUUCAUUUUCAUCUAAAACGUCCUGCUGUGCAUAUUCCGCAUAUCAAACCUGUAAUCCAAAGUGAAUGGAAACCGAUUGUUAAGCCAGUUGCUGUAGUUAAACCUGCACCGGUGCCAGUUCCUGUUCAUGUCCAUCCUGGUGCUCAUGUAGAUCAAUUACACCUAAAUCCUGUACCUCAUAUCGACCAUGUUCAUAAGGAACCUCUCGUGCAUCUAGCCCAUUCUCAUGUUCACCACGUUCCUACCACCCAUUUACACCCAGUAUCCUUACCACACGUACAUGCAGCACCACUUGUACCAACGACCCAGCUGUUUGAGGUAACAAAACCUGAUUUGGGAGUUCUCCCAUUAGGCGCUGCAUUUCCAACAACUGUUCUGAAGGAAGUUCCACCGCCACAAUUAGUACCACACAAUCCCCUUCAUUUGCAUCCUCUUGCAGUUGCUGCACCAGGAGCGCAUUUACACCCGGUGCUGCCACCUAUUCAACCAGUAGUAGCUCCACAACCAAUCGCAGCGCCUAUUCAUCCUCAUAUUCACCCGUUUGUGCCUGCACCAGCGGUGCUACCCAUACAGCCUGCACACGUAAACGUAGUUCCUCAUUUCCAUUCUCCUGGUCAUGUUUUUCCUUUAGGACCUUUACCAGUAGGGCAAGAUCCAGAUCAUAUUCAUCACGGUAACCACGUACAUCCUGUUGGUCAUACUGAUAUCUAUCACGGUGAUCAUGUUGAUCAUGUACCUCAACCUCAUCUUUAUCAUGAGCAGUCGUUAUUGCCAAAUCAUUACCACCUUCAGUAUCCUCAAAUUCCACAACAUCCUGUGCAAGAAAUUCCUAAUGCUUAUCCUCACCACCAUCAUCAAAGCUUUCCGUUGGACAGCGGGCAGAACAGCUACCAUCCUUUGCAACAGGAAGGCAACGUUCAAGACCAGUACCCGUAUCAAGAGGAAAACCAUUACCAGGAUGCCAAUCAAGUCAGUAGUCAACAAUUUUACCGCGAAGGGCAGUACCAAUUCGGAGAGCAAGCGGAUCAUCAGGGUUACGUCUACCAGCAACCGUCGCAGGGAAGGUUGAUACAACCAGGACACACCGAUGUUCAAUUUCCUCUUCAUCUACCUCACCAUCCUGCCUUUGAUCACGACAACAGGCCCGAAGCAUCGCGCAAUGACGAGGUCUUUAGGCCUUCGGUGCAGCUAGAGCCACCUUAUAAAAAAUGA